AUGGUUUUGAGCAGUAUAUUUCGCCAACGGGGCAGCAAAAACCUAAAUUUGUUGUCACUAGUUUUGGUUUAUCUCCACUUUUAUAUCUCGUAUUUUUCACCUAGUUCCUAUGUUUCUGCAAUUGGUAUUGCAACUGAUGGUACAGUUAAUGGUUGUAAUCCUGAUUCAAGUGCUAUUUCCAGCCGUACGUCAGGGUUUCAAGUUAAGUUUUAUAAUUAUAAUUGGCUAUCCUACAGUAUUUCUGCAAUUACCGGGACUCCUGAUAGAACAACUUAUUUAGAAGAUUCCUAUAUUGAAGGCGGUUACGUUGAUCAGGGGAUGUUUGCACAAGUUAAUGAUGCCACCAAUCUUACAUAUCUUUUUGAGUUGCCAGCUGGUUAUGUUAAUAUCGCUGUUGAAGGUACUUUGCCAUCAGGCUUUGGUUAUACAGAAGAAUUCUUCUUAACUAAUUGGGCUAUGGUUGCUACUGGUUAUUUUGUCCCACCAGUUUCUGGUUCCUAUCUCAUUCAAUUACAGUAUGUUGAUGAUUUAGGUAUCGUUUCUUUGGGUGCCGGUAUUGCUUUUGAUUGUUGUAUGGAAAGUGGCACUUCUAUUUCCAUAGAAACAUAUCAAGUUUACUCUUUAUGGACAGCAAAUGGGCCAAGUGGUACCAACCAAAUUCAAGUUGAUUUAAUUGCAGGUGUUUAUUAUCCUAUUAGAUUGUUUUACGUUAAUACCAACAACGAUGGUGGUUUAGAAUUGGGUUAUACAGGCCCAGAUGGUGUUUACCAUAACGAAUGGGAUGACAUUGUUUUUAAUAUGGCAGACUCUUCUGAGGUCUGUGAUGCUCCAGUAGUUACAACGACUGUUGGCUGGUCUCAAAACAUUACAAGCACUUAUACUACCACUACAGUUGUCACUUCAAAAUCAUCCACCAUUACAGAAAAUAUUGUUAUAAUAGAAACACCAGAUGCUGAUGUUAGUUCAACCACCACUCAGCAAUGGACCGGAACGUACACUACUACUUAUGCAACUAGUAUUACUACAUACGUCGGGGCUGAUGGGUUCACUACCUUGUCUACUUUAUACUAUGUCGAGACGCCAGCUGAAAUCAGUACUACUACCAAUGAAUGGACUGGUACUUACACAUCUACCUACUCCACUGGUGUUACCACUAUUGUUGGGUCUGAUGGAUUGCCCACCACUUCUACUUUGAUCUACAUUGAAACCCCAGCUGAAAUCAGUACUACUACCAUGGAAUGGACUGGUACUUACACAUCUACUUACUCCACUGGUGUUACCACUAUUGUCGGAUCUGAUGGAUUUUCUACCACUUCUACUUUAAUCUAUAUCGAAACACCAGAAGCUAAAGAUACUACUACCACCUACACACCAUGGACUGGUACAUACACUUCCACUAUUGGUACCAGUGUUACCACCAGUGUUGGUUCAGAUGGUAUUCCAACAACCUCUACUAUCUACACAGUUGAGACUCCAGAAGUUGAAGGUACUACUACUACUUACACACCAUGGACUGGUACAUAUACUUCUACCAUUGGUACUAGUGUUACUACCAGUAUUGGAUCAGAUGGUAUUCCAACUACCUCCACUAUCUACACAGUUGAAACUCCAGAAGCUGAAGGUGUUACAACCACUUACACACCAUGGACUGGUACAUUUACUUCUACCAUUGGUACUAGUGUUACUACCAGUAUUGGAUCAGAUGGUAUUCCAACUACCUCCACUAUCUACACAGUUGAAACUCCAGAAGCUGAAGGUGUUACUACCACUUACACACCAUGGACUGGUACAUUUACUUCUACCAUUGGUACUAGUGUUACUACCAGCAUUGGAUCAGACGGUAUUCCAACUACCUCCACUAUCUACACAGUUGAAACUCCAGAAGCUGAAGGUGUUACUACCACUUACACACCAUGGACUGGUACAUUUACUUCUACCAUUGGUACUAGUGUUACUACCAGUAUUGGAUCAGAUGGUAUUCCAACUACCUCCACUAUCUACACAGUUGAAACUCCAGAAGCUGAUGCUGUUACUACCACCUACACUCCAUGGACUGGUACAUAUACUUCUACCAUUGGUACUAGUGUUACUACCAGUAUUGGAUCAGAUGGUAUUCCAACUACCUCCACUAUCUACACAGGUGAAACUCCAGAAGCUGAAGGUGUUACUACCACUUACACACCAUGGACUGGUACAUUUACUUCUACCAUUGGUACUAGUGUUACUACCAGUAUUGGAUCAGAUGGUAUUCCAACUACCUCCACUAUCUACACAGUUGAAACUCCAGAAGCUGAAGGUGUUACUACCACUUACACACCAUGGACUGGUACAUUUACUUCUACCAUUGGUACUAGUGUUACUACCAGCAUUGGAUCAGACGGUAUUCCAACUACCUCCACUAUCUACACAGUUGAAACUCCAGAAGCUGAUGCUGUUACUACCACCUACACUCCAUGGACUGGUACAUUUACUUCUACCAUUGGUACCAGUGUUACCACCAGUGUUGGAUCAGAUGGUAUUCCAACUACCUCUACUAUCUACACAGUUGAAACUCCAGAAGCUGAAGGUGUUACUACCACUUACACACCAUGGACUGGUACAUUUACUUCUACCAUUGGUACUAGUGUUACUACCAGUAUUGGAUCAGAUGGUAAACCAACUACAUCUACCAUCUACACAGUUGAAACACCAACCAACAACGGUGUUACCACCACGUACACACCAUGGACUGGAUCUGUUACAUCUACUAUUGGUACUAGUGUUAUCACUACUACUGGUACUGAUGGUAUUCCAACUACGUCUACCAUCUACACAGUUGAAACUCCAACCGAUCAUGUUAGCACUACUUACACCACAUGGACUGGUACAUACGCUACCACCGUUGGUACAAAUGUGAUUACUACUACAGGUUCUGAUGGUAUUCCAACUACCUCUACCAUCUACACAGUUGAAACUCCAACCGAUCAUGUUAGCACUACUUACACCACAUGGACUGGUACAUACGCUACCACCGUUGGUACAAAUGUGAUUACUACUACAGGUUCUGAUGGUAUUCCAACUACCUCUACCAUCUACACAGUUGAAACUCCAACCGAUCAUGUUAGCACUACUUACACCACAUGGACUGGUACAUACGCUACCACUGUUGGUACUGGUAUUACUACCACUACAGGUUCUGAUGGUAUUCCAACUACCUCUACCAUCUACACAGUUGAAACUCCUACCGAUCAUGUUAGCACUACUUACACCACAUGGACUGGUACAUACGCUACCACCGUUGGUACUGGUAUUACUACCACUACAGGUUCUGAUGGUAUUCCAACUACUUCUACCAUCUACACAGUUGAAACUCCAACCGAUCAUGUUAGCACUACUUACACCACAUGGACUGGUACAUACGCUACCACCGUUGGUACAAAUGUGAUUACCACUACAGGUUCUGAUGGUAUUCCAACUACUUCUACCAUCUACACAGUUGAAACUCCAACCGAUCAUGUUAGCACUACUUACACCACAUGGACUGGUACAUACGCUACCACCGUUGGUACAAAUGUGAUUACUACUACAGGUUCUGAUGGUAUUCCAACUACCUCUACCAUCUACACAGUUGAAACUCCUACCGAUCAUGUUAGCACUACUUACACCACAUGGACUGGUACAUACGCUACCACUGUUGGUACUGGUAUUACUACCACUACAGGUUCUGAUGGUAUUCCAACUACCUCUACCAUCUACACAGUUGAAACUCCUACCGAUCAUGUUAGCACUACUUACACCACAUGGACUGGUACAUACGCUACCACCGUUGGUACAAAUGUGAUUACUACUACAGGUUCUGAUGGUAUUCCAACUACUUCUACCAUCUACACAGUUGAAACUCCAACCGAUCAUGUUAGCACUACUUACACCACAUGGACUGGUACCUACGCUACCACCGUUGAUACAAAUGUGAUUACUACUACAGGUUCUGACGGUAUUCCAACUACCUCUACCAUCUACACAGUUGAAACUCCAACCGAUCAUGUUAGCACUACUUACACCACAUGGACUGGUACAUACGCUACCACCGUUGGUACUGGUAUUACUACCACUACAGGUUCUGAUGGUAUUCCAACUACCUCUACCAUCUACACAGUUGAAACUCCUACCGAUCAUGUUAGCACUACUUACACCACAUGGACUGGUACAUACGCUACCACCGUUGGUACUGGUAUUACUACCACUACAGGUUCUGAUGGUAUUCCAACUACUUCUACCAUCUACACAGUUGAAACUCCUACCGAUCAUGUUAGCACUACUUACACCACAUGGACUGGUACAUACGCUACCACCGUUGGUACAAAUGUGAUUACUACUACAGGUUCUGAUGGUAUUCCAACUACUUCUACCAUCUACACAGUUGAAACUCCUACCGAUCAUGUUAGCACUACUUACACCACAUGGACUGGUACAUACGCUACCACUGUUGGUACUGGUAUUACUACCACUACAGGUUCUGAUGGUAUUCCAACUACCUCUACCAUCUACACAGUUGAAACUCCUACCGAUCAUGUUAGCACUACUUACACCACAUGGACUGGUACAUACGCUACCACCGUUGGUACUGGUAUUACUACCACUACAGGUUCUGAUGGUAUUCCAACUACUUCUACCAUCUACACAGUUGAAACUCCAACCGAUCAUGUUAGCACUACUUACACCACAUGGACUGGUACAUACGCUACCACCGUUGGUACUGGUAUUACUACCACUACAGGUUCUGAUGGUAUUCCAACUACUUCUACCAUCUACACAGUUGAAACUCCUACCGAUCAUGUUAGCACUACUUACGCCACAUGGACUGGUACAUACGCUACCACCGUUGGUACAAAUGUGAUUACUACUACAGGUUCUGAUGGUAUUCCAACUACUUCUACCAUCUACACAGUUGAAACUCCAACCGAUCAUGUUAGCACUACUUACACCACAUGGACUGGUACAUACGCUACCACUGUUGGUACUGGUAUUACUACCACUACAGGUUCUGAUGGUAUUCCAACUACCUCUACCAUCUACACAGUUGAAACUCCUACCGAUCAUGUUAGCACUACUUACACCACAUGGACUGGUACAUACGCUACCACCGUUGGUACUGGUAUUACUACCACUACAGGUUCUGAUGGUAUUCCAACUACUUCUACCAUCUACACAGUUGAAACUCCAACCGAUCAUGUUAGCACUACUUACACCACAUGGACUGGUACAUACGCUACCACCGUUGGUACAAAUGUGAUUACUACUACAGGUUCUGAUGGUAUUCCAACUACUUCUACCAUCUACACAGUUGAAACUCCAACCGAUCAUGUUAGCACUACUUACACCACAUGGACUGGUACAUACGCUACCACCGUUGGUACAAAUGUGAUUACUACUACAGGUUCUGAUGGUAUUCCAACUACUUCUACCAUCUACACAGUUGAAACUCCAACCGAUCAUGUUAGCACUACUUACACCACAUGGACUGGUACCUACGCUACCACCGUUGAUACAAAUGUGAUUACUACUACAGGUUCUGACGGUAUUCCAACUACCUCUACCAUCUACACAGUUGAAACUCCAACCGAUCAUGUUAGCACUACUUACACCACAUGGACUGGUACAUACGCUACCACCGUUGGUACUGGUAUUACUACCACUACAGGUUCUGAUGGUAUUCCAACUACUUCUACCAUCUACACAGUUGAAACUCCUACCGAUCAUGUUAGCACUACUUACACCACAUGGACUGGUACAUACGCUACCACCGUUGGUACUGGUAUUACUACCACUACAGGUUCUGAUGGUAUUCCAACUACUUCUACCAUCUACACAGUUGAAACUCCAACCGAUCAUGUUAGCACUACUUACACCACAUGGACUGGUACAUACGCUACCACCGUUGGUACUGGUAUUACUACCACUACAGGUUCUGAUGGUAUUCCAACUACCUCUACCAUCUACACAGUUGAAACUCCAACCGAUCAUGUUAGCACUACUUACACCACAUGGACUGGUACAUACGCUACCACCAUUGGUACUAGUGUUACUACCAGCAUUGGAUCAGAUGGUAUUCCAACUACCUCCACUAUCUACACUGUGGAAACUCCAGAAGCUGAAGGUGUUACAACCACCUACACACCAUGGACUGGUAAAUUUACUUCUACCAUUGGUACUAGUGUUACUACCAGCAUUGGAUCAGACGGUAUUCCAACUACCUCCACUAUCUACACAGUUGAAACUCCAGAAGCUGAAGGUGUUACUACCACUUACACAUCAUGGACCGGUACGUACACAUCCACCAUUGGUACUACUGUAGUUACUACAACUGGUACAGAUGGUAUUCCAACUACAUCUACCACUUACACAGUUGAAAUUCCAAUGAUUCCAGCUGGUAGUACUACAUAUGAAGCUUGGACUGGUAUAUAUACUACUACCAUUGGUACUACUGUAUUUACUACCACUGGUACUGAUGGCAAACCAACUACCUCUACAGUCUACACAGUUGAAACUCCAGAAAACUACGGUGCUUCUACCACUAAUGUUCCAUGGACCGGUACAUACACAUCUACCAUUGGUACUACUAUAUUUACUACCACUGGUACUGAUGGAAAACCAACUACCUCUACAGUCUACACAGUUGAAACUCCAGAAAACCACGGUGCUUCUACUACUAAUGUUCCAUGGACUGGAUCCGUUACUACUACUGUUGGUACUUCGAUUUUCACUACUACUGGUACUGAUGGUAAACCAACCACAUCUACCAUCUACACAGUUGAAACCCCAACCAACAACGGUGUUACCACCACGUACACACCAUGGACUGGAUCUGUUACAUCUACUAUUGGUACUAGCGUUAUAACUACUACCGGUACUGAUGGUAAACCAACUACAUCUACCAUUUACACAGUUGAAACACCAGCUAACAACGGUGUUACCACCACAUACACACCAUGGACUGGAUCUGUUACAUCUACUAUUGGUACUAGCGUUAUAACUACUACUGGUACUGAUGGUAUUCCAACUACGUCUACCAUCUACACUGUUGAAACACCAGCUAACCAUGGUGCUUCAACUACUAAUGUUCCAUGGACUGGAUCCGUUACUACCACCGUUGGUACAAAUGUGAUUACUACUACAGGUUCUGAUGGUAUUCCAACUACUUCUACCAUCUACACAGUUGAAACUCCAACCGAUCAUGUUAGCACUACUUACACCACAUGGACUGGUACAUACGCUACCACCGUUGGUACUGGUAUUACUACCACUACAGGUUCUGAUGGUAUUCCAACUACUUCUACCAUCUACACAGUUGAAACUCCAACCGAUCAUGUUAGCACUACUUACACCACAUGGACUGGUACAUACGCUACCACCGUUGGUACAAAUGUGAUUACCACUACAGGUUCUGAUGGUAUUCCAACUACUUCUACCAUCUACACAGUUGAAACUCCAACCGAUCAUGUUAGCACUACUUACACCACAUGGACUGGUACAUACGCUACCACUGUUGGUACUGGUAUUACUACCACUACAGGUUCUGAUGGUAUUCCAACUACCUCUACCAUCUACACAGUUGAAACUCCAACCGAUCAUGUUAGUACUACUUACACCACAUGGACUGGUACAUACGCUACCACCGUUGGUACUGGUAUUACUACCACUACAGGUUCUGAUGGUAUUCCAACUACUUCUACCAUCUACACAGUUGAAACUCCAACCGAUCAUGUUAGCACUACUUACACCACAUGGACUGGUACAUACGCUACCACCGUUGGUACAAAUGUGAUUACCACUACAGGUUCUGAUGGUAUUCCAACUACUUCUACCAUCUACACAGUUGAAACUCCAACCGAUCAUGUUAGCACUACUUACACCACAUGGACUGGUACAUACGCUACCACUGUUGGUAUUGGUAUUACUACCACUACAGGUUCUGAUGGUAUUCCAACUACCUCUACCAUCUACACAGUUGAAACUCCAACCGAUCAUGUUAGUACUACUUACACCACAUGGACUGGUACAUACGCUACCACCGUUGGUACUGGUAUUACUACUACUACAGGUUCUGAUGGUAUUCCAACUACUUCUACCAUCUACACAGUUGAAACUCCAACCGAUCAUGUUAGCACUACUUACACCACAUGGACUGGUACAUACGCUACCACCAUUGGUACUAGUGUUACUACCAGCAUUGGAUCAGAUGGUAUUCCAACUACCUCCACUAUCUACACUGUGGAAACUCCAGAAGCUGAAGGUGUUACAACCACCUACACACCAUGGACUGGUACAUUUACUUCUACCAUUGGUACUAGUGUUACUACCAGCAUUGGAUCAGACGGUAUUCCAACUACCUCCACUAUCUACACAGUUGAAACUCCAGAAGCUGAAGGUGUUACUACCACUUACACAUCAUGGACCGGUACGUACACAUCCACCAUUGGUACUACUGUAGUUACUACAACUGGUACAGAUGGUAUUCCAACUACAUCUACCACUUACACAGUUGAAAUUCCAAUGAUUCCAGCUGGUAGUACUACAUAUGAAGCUUGGACUGGUAUAUAUACUACUACCAUUGGUACUACUGUAUUUACUACCACUGGUACUGAUGGCAAACCAACUACCUCUACAGUCUACACAGUUGAAACUCCAGAAAACUACGGUGCUUCUACCACUAAUGUUCCAUGGACCGGUACAUACACAUCUACCAUUGGUACUACUAUAUUUACUACCACUGGUACUGAUGGCAAACCAACUACCUCUACAGUCUACACAGUUGAAACUCCAGAAAACCACGGUGCUUCUACUACUAAUGUUCCAUGGACUGGAUCCGUUACUACUACUGUUGGUACUUCGAUUUUCACUACUACUGGUACUGAUGGUAAACCAACCACAUCUACCAUCUACACAGUUGAAACCCCAACCAACAACGGUGUUACCACCACGUACACACCAUGGACUGGAUCUGUUACAUCUACUAUUGGUACUAGCGUUAUAACUACUACCGGUACUGAUGGUAAACCAACUACAUCUACCAUUUACACAGUUGAAACACCAGCUAACAACGGUGUUACCACCACAUACACACCAUGGACUGGAUCUGUUACAUCUACUAUUGGUACUAGCGUUAUAACUACUACUGGUACUGAUGGUAUUCCAACUACAUCUACCAUCUACACUGUUGAAACACCAGCUAACAACGGUGUUACCACCACAUACACACCAUGGACUGGAUCUGUUACAUCUACUAUUGGUACUAGCGUUAUAACUACUACUGGUACUGAUGGUAUUCCAACUACGUCUACCAUCUACACUGUUGAAACACCAACCGAUCAUGUUAGCACUACUUACACCACAUGGACUGGUACAUACGCUACCACCGUUGGUACAAAUGUGAUUACUACUACAGGUUCUGAUGGUAUUCCAACUACUUCUACCAUCUACACAGUUGAAACUCCAACCGAUCAUGUUAGCACUACUUACACCACAUGGACUGGUACCUACGCUACCACCGUUGGUACAAAUGUGAUUACUACUACAGGUUCUGAUGGUAUUCCAACUACCUCUACCAUCUACACAGUUGAAACUCCAACCGAUCAUGUUAGCACUACUUACACCACAUGGACUGGUACAUACGCUACCACCGUUGGUACUGGUAUUACUACCACUACAGGUUCUGAUGGUAUUCCAACUACCUCUACCAUCUACACAGUUGAAACUCCAACCGAUCAUGUUAGCACUACUUACACCACAUGGACUGGUACAUACGCUACCACUGUUGGUACUGGUAUUACUACCACUACAGGUUCUGAUGGUAUUCCAACUACCUCUACCAUCUACACAGUUGAAACUCCUACCGAUCAUGUUAGCACUACUUACACCACAUGGACUGGUACAUACGCUACCACCGUUGGUACUGGUAUUACUACCACUACAGGUUCUGAUGGUAUUCCAACUACUUCUACCAUCUACACAGUUGAAACUCCUACCGAUCAUGUUAGCACUACUUACACCACAUGGACUGGUACAUACGCUACCACCGUUGGUACAAAUGUGAUUACUACUACAGGUUCUGAUGGUAUUCCAACUACCUCUACCAUCUACACAGUUGAAACUCCAACCGAUCAUGUUAGCACUACUUACACCACAUGGACUGGUACCUACGCUACCACCGUUGGUACAAAUGUGAUUACUACUACAGGUUCUGAUGGUAUUCCAACUACCUCUACCAUCUACACAGUUGAAACUCCAACCGAUCAUGUUAGCACUACUUACACCACAUGGACUGGUACAUACGCUACCACCGUUGGUACAAAUGUGAUUACCACUACAGGUUCUGAUGGUAUUCCAACUACUUCUACCAUCUACACAGUUGAAACUCCUACCGAUCAUGUUAGCACUACUUACACCACAUGGACUGGUACAUACGCUACCACUGUUGGUACUGGUAUUACUACCACUACAGGUUCUGAUGGUAUUCCAACUACCUCUACCAUCUACACAGUUGAAACUCCAACCGAUCAUGUUAGUACUACUUACACCACAUGGACUGGUACAUACGCUACCACUGUUGGUAUUGGUAUUACUACCACUACAGGUUCUGAUGGUAUUCCAACUACCUCUACCAUCUACACAGUUGAAACUCCAACCGAUCAUGUUAGUACUACUUACACCACAUGGACUGGUACAUACGCUACCACCGUUGGUACUGGUAUUACUACUACUACAGGUUCUGAUGGUAUUCCAACUACUUCUACCAUCUACACAGUUGAAACUCCAACCGAUCAUGUUAGCACUACUUACACCACAUGGACUGGUACAUACGCUACCACCGUUGGUACAAAUGUGAUUACUACUACAGGUUCUGAUGGUAUUCCAACUACCUCUACCAUCUACACAGUUGAAACUCCAACCGAUCAUGUUAGUACUACUUACACCACAUGGACUGGUACAUACGCUACCACCGUUGGUACUGGUAUUACUACUACUACAGGUUCUGAUGGUAUUCCAACUACUUCUACCAUCUACACAGUUGAAACUCCAACCGAUCAUGUUAGCACUACUUACACCACAUGGACUGGUACAUACGCUACCACCAUUGGUACUAGUGUUACUACCAGCAUUGGAUCAGAUGGUAUUCCAACUACCUCCACUAUCUACACUGUGGAAACUCCAGAAGCUGAAGGUGUUACAACCACCUACACACCAUGGACUGGUACAUUUACUUCUACCAUUGGUACUAGUGUUACUACCAGCAUUGGAUCAGACGGUAUUCCAACUACCUCCACUAUCUACACAGUUGAAACUCCAGAAGCUGAAGGUGUUACUACCACUUACACAUCAUGGACCGGUACGUACACAUCCACCAUUGGUACUACUGUAGUUACUACAACUGGUACAGAUGGUAUUCCAACUACAUCUACCACUUACACAGUUGAAAUUCCAAUGAUUCCAGCUGGUAGUACUACAUAUGAAGCUUGGACUGGUAUAUAUACUACUACCAUUGGUACUACUGUAUUUACUACCACUGGUACUGAUGGCAAACCAACUACCUCUACAGUCUACACAGUUGAAACUCCAGAAAACUACGGUGCUUCUACCACUAAUGUUCCAUGGACCGGUACAUACACAUCUACCAUUGGUACUACUAUAUUUACUACCACUGGUACUGAUGGCAAACCAACUACCUCUACAGUCUACACAGUUGAAACUCCAGAAAACCACGGUGCUUCUACUACUAAUGUUCCAUGGACUGGAUCCGUUACUACUACUGUUGGUACUUCGAUUUUCACUACUACUGGUACUGAUGGUAAACCAACCACAUCUACCAUCUACACAGUUGAAACCCCAACCAACAACGGUGUUACCACCACGUACACACCAUGGACUGGAUCUGUUACAUCUACUAUUGGUACUAGCGUUAUAACUACUACCGGUACUGAUGGUAAACCAACUACAUCUACCAUUUACACAGUUGAAACACCAGCUAACAACGGUGUUACCACCACAUACACACCAUGGACUGGAUCUGUUACAUCUACUAUUGGUACUAGCGUUAUAACUACUACUGGUACUGAUGGUAUUCCAACUACAUCUACCAUCUACACUGUUGAAACACCAGCUAACAACGGUGUUACCACCACAUACACACCAUGGACUGGAUCUGUUACAUCUACUAUUGGUACUAGCGUUAUAACUACUACUGGUACUGAUGGUAUUCCAACUACGUCUACCAUCUACACUGUUGAAACACCAACCGAUCAUGUUAGCACUACUUACACCACAUGGACUGGUACAUACGCUACCACCGUUGGUACAAAUGUGAUUACUACUACAGGUUCUGAUGGUAUUCCAACUACUUCUACCAUCUACACAGUUGAAACUCCAACCGAUCAUGUUAGCACUACUUACACCACAUGGACUGGUACCUACGCUACCACCGUUGGUACAAAUGUGAUUACUACUACAGGUUCUGAUGGUAUUCCAACUACCUCUACCAUCUACACAGUUGAAACUCCAACCGAUCAUGUUAGCACUACUUACACCACAUGGACUGGUACAUACGCUACCACCGUUGGUACUGGUAUUACUACCACUACAGGUUCUGAUGGUAUUCCAACUACCUCUACCAUCUACACAGUUGAAACUCCAACCGAUCAUGUUAGCACUACUUACACCACAUGGACUGGUACAUACGCUACCACUGUUGGUACUGGUAUUACUACCACUACAGGUUCUGAUGGUAUUCCAACUACCUCUACCAUCUACACAGUUGAAACUCCUACCGAUCAUGUUAGCACUACUUACACCACAUGGACUGGUACAUACGCUACCACCGUUGGUACUGGUAUUACUACCACUACAGGUUCUGAUGGUAUUCCAACUACUUCUACCAUCUACACAGUUGAAACUCCUACCGAUCAUGUUAGCACUACUUACACCACAUGGACUGGUACAUACGCUACCACCGUUGGUACAAAUGUGAUUACUACUACAGGUUCUGAUGGUAUUCCAACUACCUCUACCAUCUACACAGUUGAAACUCCAACCGAUCAUGUUAGCACUACUUACACCACAUGGACUGGUACCUACGCUACCACCGUUGGUACAAAUGUGAUUACUACUACAGGUUCUGAUGGUAUUCCAACUACCUCUACCAUCUACACAGUUGAAACUCCAACCGAUCAUGUUAGCACUACUUACACCACAUGGACUGGUACAUACGCUACCACCGUUGGUACAAAUGUGAUUACCACUACAGGUUCUGAUGGUAUUCCAACUACUUCUACCAUCUACACAGUUGAAACUCCUACCGAUCAUGUUAGCACUACUUACACCACAUGGACUGGUACAUACGCUACCACUGUUGGUACUGGUAUUACUACCACUACAGGUUCUGAUGGUAUUCCAACUACCUCUACCAUCUACACAGUUGAAACUCCAACCGAUCAUGUUAGUACUACUUACACCACAUGGACUGGUACAUACGCUACCACUGUUGGUAUUGGUAUUACUACCACUACAGGUUCUGAUGGUAUUCCAACUACCUCUACCAUCUACACAGUUGAAACUCCAACCGAUCAUGUUAGUACUACUUACACCACAUGGACUGGUACAUACGCUACCACCGUUGGUACUGGUAUUACUACUACUACAGGUUCUGAUGGUAUUCCAACUACUUCUACCAUCUACACAGUUGAAACUCCAACCGAUCAUGUUAGCACUACUUACACCACAUGGACUGGUACAUACGCUACCACCGUUGGUACAAAUGUGAUUACUACUACAGGUUCUGAUGGUAUUCCAACUACUUCUACCAUCUACACAGUUGAAACUCCAACCGAUCAUGUUAGUACUACUUACACCACAUGGACUGGUACAUACGCUACCACUGUUGGUACUGGUAUUACUACCACUACAGGUUCUGAUGGUAUUCCAACUACUUCUACCAUCUACACAGUUGAAACUCCAACCGAUCAUGUUAGCACUACUUACACCACAUGGACUGGUACAUACGCUACCACCAUUGGUACUAGUGUUACUACCAGCAUUGGAUCAGAUGGUAUUCCAACUACCUCCACUAUCUACACUGUGGAAACUCCAGAAGCUGAAGGUGUUACAACCACCUACACACCAUGGACUGGUAAAUUUACUUCUACCAUUGGUACUAGUGUUACUACCAGCAUUGGAUCAGACGGUAUUCCAACUACCUCCACUAUCUACACAGUUGAAACUCCAGAAGCUGAAGGUGUUACUACCACUUACACAUCAUGGACCGGUACGUACACAUCCACCAUUGGUACUACUGUAGUUACUACAACUGGUACAGAUGGUAUUCCAACUACAUCUACCACUUACACAGUUGAAAUUCCAAUGAUUCCAGCUGGUAGUACUACAUAUGAAGCUUGGACUGGUAUAUAUACUACUACCAUUGGUACUACUGUAUUUACUACCACUGGUACUGAUGGCAAACCAACUACCUCUACAGUCUACACAGUUGAAACUCCAGAAAACUACGGUGCUUCUACCACUAAUGUUCCAUGGACCGGUACAUACACAUCUACCAUUGGUACUACUAUAUUUACUACCACUGGUACUGAUGGAAAACCAACUACCUCUACAGUCUACACAGUUGAAACUCCAGAAAACCACGGUGCUUCUACUACUAAUGUUCCAUGGACUGGAUCCGUUACUACUACUGUUGGUACUUCGAUUUUCACUACUACUGGUACUGAUGGUAAACCAACCACAUCUACCAUCUACACAGUUGAAACCCCAACCAACAACGGUGUUACCACCACGUACACACCAUGGACUGGAUCUGUUACAUCUACUAUUGGUACUAGCGUUAUAACUACUACCGGUACUGAUGGUAAACCAACUACAUCUACCAUUUACACAGUUGAAACACCAGCUAACAACGGUGUUACCACCACAUACACACCAUGGACUGGAUCUGUUACAUCUACUAUUGGUACUAGCGUUAUAACUACUACUGGUACUGAUGGUAUUCCAACUACGUCUACCAUCUACACUGUUGAAACACCAGCUAACCAUGGUGCUUCAACUACUAAUGUUCCAUGGACUGGAUCCGUUACUACCACCGUUGGUACAAAUGUGAUUACUACUACAGGUUCUGAUGGUAUUCCAACUACUUCUACCAUCUACACAGUUGAAACUCCAACCGAUCAUGUUAGCACUACUUACACCACAUGGACUGGUACAUACGCUACCACCGUUGGUACUGGUAUUACUACCACUACAGGUUCUGAUGGUAUUCCAACUACUUCUACCAUCUACACAGUUGAAACUCCAACCGAUCAUGUUAGCACUACUUACACCACAUGGACUGGUACAUACGCUACCACCGUUGGUACAAAUGUGAUUACCACUACAGGUUCUGAUGGUAUUCCAACUACUUCUACCAUCUACACAGUUGAAACUCCAACCGAUCAUGUUAGCACUACUUACACCACAUGGACUGGUACAUACGCUACCACUGUUGGUACUGGUAUUACUACCACUACAGGUUCUGAUGGUAUUCCAACUACCUCUACCAUCUACACAGUUGAAACUCCAACCGAUCAUGUUAGUACUACUUACACCACAUGGACUGGUACAUACGCUACCACCGUUGGUACUGGUAUUACUACCACUACAGGUUCUGAUGGUAUUCCAACUACUUCUACCAUCUACACAGUUGAAACUCCAACCGAUCAUGUUAGCACUACUUACACCACAUGGACUGGUACAUACGCUACCACCGUUGGUACAAAUGUGAUUACCACUACAGGUUCUGAUGGUAUUCCAACUACUUCUACCAUCUACACAGUUGAAACUCCAACCGAUCAUGUUAGCACUACUUACACCACAUGGACUGGUACAUACGCUACCACCGUUGGUACUGGUAUUACUACCACUACAGGUUCUGAUGGUAUUCCAACUACCUCUACCAUCUACACAGUUGAAACUCCUACCGAUCAUGUUAGCACUACUUACACCACAUGGACUGGUACAUACGCUACCACCGUUGGUACUGGUAUUACUACCACUACAGGUUCUGAUGGUAUUCCAACUACUUCUACCAUCUACACAGUUGAAACUCCAACCGAUCAUGUUAGCACUACUUACACCACAUGGACUGGUACAUACGCUACCACCGUUGGUACAAAUGUGAUUACCACUACAGGUUCUGAUGGUAUUCCAACUACUUCUACCAUCUACACAGUUGAAACUCCAACCGAUCAUGUUAGCACUACUUACACCACAUGGACUGGUACAUACGCUACCACUGUUGGUAUUGGUAUUACUACCACUACAGGUUCUGAUGGUAUUCCAACUACCUCUACCAUCUACACAGUUGAAACUCCAACCGAUCAUGUUAGUACUACUUACACCACAUGGACUGGUACAUACGCUACCACCGUUGGUACUGGUAUUACUACUACUACAGGUUCUGAUGGUAUUCCAACUACUUCUACCAUCUACACAGUUGAAACUCCAACCGAUCAUGUUAGCACUACUUACACCACAUGGACUGGUACAUACGCUACCACCAUUGGUACUAGUGUUACUACCAGCAUUGGAUCAGAUGGUAUUCCAACUACCUCCACUAUCUACACUGUGGAAACUCCAGAAGCUGAAGGUGUUACAACCACCUACACACCAUGGACUGGUACAUUUACUUCUACCAUUGGUACUAGUGUUACUACCAGCAUUGGAUCAGACGGUAUUCCAACUACAUCUACCACUUACACAGUUGAAAUUCCAAUGAUUCCAGCUGGUAGUACUACAUAUGAAGCUUGGACUGGUAUAUAUACUACUACCAUUGGUACUACUGUAUUUACUACCACUGGUACUGAUGGCAAACCAACUACCUCUACAGUCUACACAGUUGAAACUCCAGAAAACUACGGUGCUUCUACCACUAAUGUUCCAUGGACCGGUACAUACACAUCUACCAUUGGUACUACUAUAUUUACUACCACUGGUACUGAUGGAAAACCAACUACCUCUACAGUCUACACAGUUGAAACUCCAGAAAAUCAAGGUGUUACUACCACUUACACCCCAUGGACUGGAUCUGUUACUUCUACCAUUGGUACUACUGUAUUUACUACCACUGGUACUGAUGGCAAACCAACUACCUCUACAGCCUACACAGUUGAAACUCCAGAAAACCACGGUGUUACUACCACUUACACCCCAUGGACUGGAUCUGUUACUUCUACCAUUGGUACUACUGUAUUUACUACCACUGGUACUGAUGGCAAACCAACUACCUCUACAGUCUACACAGUUGAAACCCCAGAAAACCACGGUGUUACUACCACUUACACCCCAUGGACUGGAUCUGUUACUUCUACCAUUGGUACUACUGUAUUUACUACCACUGGUACUGAUGGCAAACCAACUACCUCUACAGUCUACACAGUUGAAACUCCAGAAAACCACGGUGCUUCUACUACUAAUGUUCCAUGGACUGGAUCCGUUACUACUACUGUUGGUACUUCGAUUUUCACUACUACUGGUACUGAUGGUAAACCAACCACAUCUACCAUCUACACAGUUGAAACCCCAACCAACAACGGUGUUACCACCACGUACACACCAUGGACUGGAUCUGUUACAUCUACUAUUGGUACUAGCGUUAUAACUACUACUGGUACUGAUGGUAUUCCAACUACAUCUACCAUUUACACCGUUGAAACACCAGCUAACCAUGGUGCUUCAACUACUAAUGUUCCAUGGACUGGAUCCGUUACUACUACUGUUGGUACUUCGAUUUUCACUACUACCGGUACUGAUGGUAAACCAACCACAUCUACCAUCUACACAGUUGAAACACCAACCAACAACGGUGUUACCACCACGUACACACCAUGGACUGGAUCUGUUACAUCUACUGUUGGUACUAGUGUUAUCACUACUACUGGUACUGAUGGUAAACCAACCACUUCCACCAUCUACACAGUGGAAACACCAACCAACAACGAUGUUACCACCACGUACACACCAUGGACUGGAUCUGUUACAUCUACUAUUGGUACUAGUGUUAUCACUACUACUGGUACUGAUGGUAAACCAUCCACUUCCACCAUAUACACAGUUGAAACACCAGCCAAUUAUGACAUUAGUACUACAUUCACAUCUUGGGGUGGUGCUUACACUUCGACGUAUUCCACUAACAUUUUCACUGUUACUGGCUCUAAUGGAUUGUUUACCACUUCCACUAUUAUUUACGUUGAAACACCAGGAUUUGGUUAUUUCAACACUACCAGUUCUAAAUCUUUACCAUUGACUUCUAUUCCAGGUACCACUAACACUGAGCCAUUUACAAACCCAAGCAAAGGUAGCUCCACUUCAGAAACCUUUACUAAUUCAGCUCCAGGUACUACCUCCACUUCUGAAACUGUUUCUCCAGUUAAUCCAACUACUGAGACAUCUGGAUUGCCUUCUAGUGUUACAAGAACUACUGUGAUUGUUACAUCUGGCAGAACCAUAACCUCGACUAUAGUCACAUGCGAUGCUACUACCACCACUAUUCCAAACAACAACAACAACAAUAAUGGUGGUUCUAACAAUUCCGGUUCCGAGGUUUAUUCUGUUAGUUCUGAGACUUCCAAUACACCAGUUACUGUUACUAAGACUAGUGUAUUCACUACAUCUGGUAGUACCAUUACUGCUACUAUCACCUCCACUAUUGUUCCAAAUAACAACAACAACAACGGUGGAUCUGGUAGUUCUGAAACUGGUAAUACACCAGUCACUGUUACCAAGACUAGUGUAUUCACUACAUCUGGUAGUACCAUUACUGCUACUAUCACCUCUACUAUUGUUCCAAAUAACAACAACAACAACGGUGGAUCUGGUAAUUCCGAAACUGCUAAUACACCAGUUACUGUUACUAAGACUAGUGUAUUCACUACUUCGGGUAGUACUAUCACAUCUGUUAUUACAUCUACUAUUGUUCCAAACAACAACAACAACGGUGGAUCUGGUAAUUCCGAAACUGCUAAUACACCAGUUACUGUUACUAAGACUAGUGUGUUUACCACAUCUGGUAGCACCAUUACUGCCACUAUCACAUCCACUAUUGUUCCAAAUAACAACAACAACAACGGUGGAUCUGGUAGUUCCGAAACUGCUAAUACACCAGUUACUGUUACUAAGACUAGUGUGUUUACCACAUCUGGUAGUAUCAUUACUGCUACUAUCACAUCCACUAUUGUUCCAAAUAACAACAACAACAAUGGUGGAUCUGGUAGUUCCGAAACUGCUAAUACACCAGUUACUGUUACUAAGACUAGUGUGUACACUACAUCAGGUAGUACUAUCACUUCUGUUAUUACAUCUACUAUUGUUCCAAACAAUAAUAAUGAAAAUGGAUCAGGUUCUUCAGGCAAUGCUAGUGAAUAUGUUGAGACUAUUUCUUCUGGUUCUGUUUAUACCACUGUUACCAAGAGUGCCAAUGGUAACUCUGGUAAUUCCGACAAUGUUAUUACCAAGACCACAUCUGGUGGCAAAGUUAGCACCACCACUAUUCAAUCAGAAACUGUUUCUAGCACAGCUGCUAUUGAGGUUCAAAGUAUUCAAUCUCAACCAGCAUCUAGUGGAUUAAUUUCUAUUUACCAAGCUGGUGCUGUUUCAAACAGAAUAUCUACCUUCAAGAUGUUCUUUACUUUAUUUGUUUUGUUUUUCAAUUUAUUUUAA